GUGAUGCAGUUUGUGUGUGUGUGUGUGUGUUUGUGUGUGUGUUGCCUUGUCUUACGUUGUACAGAUGCUUAUGCAGUGUGUGUGUGUGUGUGUUGCCUUGUCUUUCGUUGUACAGAUGCAGUGUGUGUGUGUGUGUGUGUGUGUGUGUGUGUGUGUGUAUGUGUGUGUGUUGCCUUGUCUUUCGUUGUACAUAUGCUUAUGCAGUGUGUGUGUGUGUGUGUGUGUGUGUGUGUGUGUGUGUGUGUGUGUGUGUGUGUGUGUGUGUGUGUGUGUGUGUGUUGCCUUGUCUUUCGUUGUACAUAUGCUUAUGCAGUGUGUGUGUGUGUGUGUGUGUGUUGCCUUGUCUUUCGUUGUAUAUAUGCUUAUGCAAUGUGUGUGUGUGUGUGUGUGUGUGUGUGUGUGUGUGUGUGUGUGUGUGUGUGUGUGUGUGUGUGUGUGUGUGUGUGUUGAAAAUGUACGCGCGCGCGCGCGCGUACAUUUUCAUUAUUAAUAUGACCGAGGAGUUCCCAGCGGAGCCUUCUGUAUGCACUUGUUUGGGAGACUCAACGUAUUUUAUGUAGUUUUAUAUCUCAAAACACUUCUGCCACCUUAAAAUUACUGUUGGGAGUAAAUAUCAGAAGAAAUAAUGUUAAAAACACCGAUAAUGCCGAUUCACAGGCUAGAGUUGGCAACCUUUAGCUUGAGGGUGGUACCGAAGCAACUUUUUUUUUUUUAUUAUGUAGGAAGGACACUGGCCAAGGGCAACAAAAAUCUAAUAAAAAAAAAUGCCCACUGAAAUGCCAGUCCCAUAAAAGGGUCAAAGCAGUGGUCAAAAAUUGAUGAAUAAGUGUCUUGAAACCUCCCUCUUGGAGGAAUUCAAGUCAUAGGAACCUUUGUUGCAGAUGCUAAGGGAGCUUUAUGCUUUGAGCAUCGCCCUUAAGCGGUCUCAGGGACUUUUAGCAGCACUUAAAAGGCCCUGAAGACUUUUGAGCAUCUGGCCCCAGGUGUCAACCCCUCAGGUGGUAGGCGCCCUCGCAGCCCGUCCCCCUCCAGGCUCAGCGAGUCAGCUGGCCGCUGUAAACAAAACCCAAGUGUCCUCCUCGUCCCGCCCCUCACAGGACCUGCCUCGCCAUGGGUGUCAUCAGGAAGGCCUGCAACAGAGCCCCAGUCAUCAGCUUCAGCGAUGAGUCCAUCAACUCACUUGGAAUCAGCCAGCCCUCCACGCCGCCCCCUGAGCCUGAGCCACCAGCAGAGGAGGCCCCCGUGGUGCACGUCCCACAGCGACGAGACCCGGCCCAGCUCUUGCAGCGCCUGGAACAGCACCACCGCAGCCGUCAUGCAGGAGCCCGGCGCAGCAGGAGGGCCAGCAAUGCCCGGGCACUGCAGACACUGGUGGAAGAUGAGAUGGAGGAUGCCCUGGAGCCUACUAUUGCUGAUUUCCUUCCUAAGGCUGACAAUGCCUUCACCAAGCUGCUCACUGACUGCAACAACAUGAGGAUUUGGCAACACUUCAUCACUCGCACUGAGCAGGAGCAGCGGGAGUACCUGGAGAGUGUGGCGCCCAAGACACAAGAGAGGGUUGGCCGCAGCAGUGUGGGCGGGUUUUCCUUCACCCAAAUCAAUUCAGACACUAUGGAGGAAAAUCUCCCUAAUGCAGAAGGUUUCACAGUGGUUGCACAGAUGAGUGACUGCCGCCAUGUUCACCCAGCGUACAGUGAGGCACACAGGUUCUCUAUGAUGGAAGCUCAACUGCAGUCACUGCUCAAGAAGAAACAUCUCCCUCUGGGAGUUCUGUCAUACCUUGAGGAAGAAAUUGUGGAGAUAUUUGGGAAUGACCCUCUGGCCAUCUACAUCACCUCUGAGCUGAGCGGCUUUGAGCGCCUGCUGCUGCACGCUCUCUGUCAGUACAACUUGCUCCGCUCUAAAAGCACUACCAUUGCAGGAGUGAGAAGAACCAAGGUGGAAAAUGCCCAUAAGUGUUUCCACAUACCUGAGAUCUCACUCACCAGCUACAUUGACAAGUUCUACAGAAGCUAGCCAUGUUUCUGUACAUUUGUUGAUUCAGGCUGGAUAAUGAUGGCAAUGCAAGAUUUGAAUACAGGACCGGCAGACAAUCAUAAAAGAUUACAUAAAAGACAGUUGAAAGGGACUGAUCAAGUGGACUCUAGGAUCUUAUCCUAGUUUAUAAAUAGGCAGGCAUUUAAUUCUGAAGCAAAUGUUCAUCCCUGAGAUAUCUCAUCUUAAUUUUCAGUGACUUAAAUAAUCCUUCUUUAUCUACUUUAGACAGGAGGAACUUUUCUACCAAAGCCUUUCCCACUGCCUGAUGAUAAUUGAAUGAUACACUUAACAUGCAUUAUAUAACUGAAUAUAUCAUAUUUUUAUUAAAGAUUUCUAUUUACCAAUAAUGUUUUUAUUUAGUGCUACAUAAUUGAUAAUUCUUUACAUAAAUGUGCAGACUGCACAAUAUUUUUAGAGUAUACCAUGGCUGAAACAGAAUGGAGUGGGAUGGGCUGUUGUAGCAUGUCUGUUUCCAGAUGACAUUGUCUUACUAGCAAAGAGUGAAAGGGAACCUUGGAGAGUAGUAAAUAAUUUCCGUAGGAUGUGUGUGUGAGAAAGCUGGAGAAGUGUAAGGAGAGGAAGGCACUGGGGAGAUGGAAGGACAAAGUAAAGGAGUACAUGUGUGAAAGAGGUGUUGGUAAUUUAAGCAAACAAGAACGAAAUGUUUGGAUAAGGAGAUGUGGGUGUUUUUUCUGCCUCCUGUGGGGAUGCUUUCAGAGGGAGCAUCCCCACAGAGACAGACAGUAUGACUGAUAGCCUCUGAUAGCCUCUUUACUCCUAUCAGCACUGCCAUCUCUUUCUUGGUAGAGCAUCUUGUGGCUACUGCUGUCUGGUGUUACAGGUCUCAUUGUCAGACUGACUGAAGCCUAACUCGUUAGCCAGGGCAGGAACAUCUGCCUCACUAUGAUCUUCUUUAGGGGUGACCUUGAAGGACACUUAAAAAUAUUCACUGCUUGAUCUCCCAGUCUUGUUUGUCUGAACAUGUAAUUUAAUAAAAGAUUGUGACUAAUUCAUGAUAGUUGUGAAAGCUUGCACUCCUUAUUGAUGACUUUUCAGAUGUCAAGACUUGAGAGUUUUAGGAUUUAAUGCAGUGAUAAUUGUCAGUGUAAUACAGUAAUGUGAAUUUUGCAUUUUUGUGAGUCUCUUGCUUGCUAGUGCCUUCGGUUCUUUGUUUAAUUUUUGUACGAAUGCAUUAUAUCCAUAGCUUAAAGGGAUUUUUGAAAGAAAGUUUGUGCAGAUAUAGUUUGGUAGUUAUACAGAAGUUUUCUCCAUUGCUAAACACAUAAUUAUUCAUGGUGAUGUACAAAUCGUUUUCUUAUUGUGGAGUGCAAAACUCAGUGGUGAAGGAAUAUUAAUGUUGCCAUUGAGUGUGUCAUUUUAUACUUAUUAAUAGCAUUUGAUGUUUGUAAUUGUCGAUAUGAAAGAAAAUAAUGAAGCGAUCUAGGGUAAGGCAACUCCAGGCCCAGCACGGUGAAGGAGUGAACCACUUGGUGGGAGGUGCAAACUUGACACCACCAGCCAGGAACUUUUGAGACAUCCUUGCUCCACUCACUAGGAGAAUGUUGCAUAGAAGAAUGUGUGGCUCAUUUCACAUCAUGGUUCUUGCUAUUCUCUACAUGACAUAGAGUUUGUAACCUCUUUAUUGAGUGUCAUGACUCUGUUGUGGGAAGACGGCAUGUUAGCAUCACACGAACACCAAUCCCUCCUAACAAACACUUUCUCUAUGCCUUGUCUUUAUGAAGUAAUUAUGUCAGUAUGGUAUGUGUUGGUUGUUAACAGUACUAUUUAUUUACUUAUUUGAUUUGAUUUAUUGAUAUAUAUCUUGUCCAACCCAGAAAUGGCAGUUGUGUUGAAGUCUUUCCAUCACUCUGCAUGUCAGACAAAAACUGUAUUGAUUUAUCUUUUAUUUAUUUUAUCUAUUUAUUGAAUUCACUUUUCUGCUUACAUUUAAGGCAUAACCAGAUAACAGUACAGUGAUUAAUCCCCUCGACACUCUUACUUUUAGUGUGACUUAAGCAGUCAGUUAUGUUCAGAAUCAGAUUCAGAUAAAAAUAACAAAAGUAAACAUUCCUCAGUCUCAUUUGUGUUUCUUAAUUGCACAUAGACUUGCUCAUUUUGACCCUCUUCCUGAUGAUGGGAGCAGGAGGAUAUCUGACGUACAUAGCUGACACAGCCUUUAUGUAUAAGUAAUAUAAAAUAUAAGUGAGUGGUUUUAUGCAAGUGUAUUCAUAUUUUACUUUGCUGCACAAACACAGUGUUCACUCUUAUGAACAUGAGUAGAUAUUAGCACAGUGGUAGGCUUGUGUGCUUUUAUUGUCAGAAUUACAAAACUGAGAUACAAAUCCUGAAAAUAUUUAAGAGAUCAAGGCUGCAGUUGAUAUGACAUUGUAGUAAAGCUCCACAACAUUUUAUCCAAGAUUAUUGGAACCAGAUACUUUACAUCAAUUUGAAACGUAGUGAUAAGGUUUAUAACCAGAUUCCCUACUUACUGUUUUGAAAGAUUAAUUUUUUGUUUGGAAUGACAAUAAUAUAAAAUUCAAGACUCAUCAGGAAGAGGCAGUGAAAUUAACAUUUGAAAUAUGUUUUUGGUAGCACAUGGCCAGAAAGUGAGAUGAUUUACAGUGUGUACAUGCAGUGGCUGCAAAAAGCAUGACCUAAAAUGAAAUAGAAGGGCAGAGUUCUAGAGUACAUGGAGGAAAAGAGAACAUGAUUUUACAAUUUGGCAAUUCCUCAAAGUUCUCAGGAAGAGUGAGCAGUUACAGAUUGUUUGACAAUGGCCACUUUCUUAUUUUCAUGUGAAGAAAAAGACAAAGAAAGAGGAGAAAAGUGUGUCAUGAGAAGAUGGCUUUGUCACAGGAAUGUUUACUCAGUGUAGCUCAGUCCUCAAGUGUUGAGGUGCACAGCCAGUUUAUUCAACUUGUGUGAAUAUUUUGUAGCUUGAGUCCUCUAGGGGCAUAUUCUGUUUUAUUAAUGCAUAUAUUGUUACAUGUGUCAUAAAUGAUUUACAGGCAUAACACAAGGAUAACUUCUGAAGAAAAUAGUAUCAAAUGUCAACUAUCAUUAGUAUAUUAAAACUAACAUCCCACAAUUACAUUCUUUAUACAUGACAUUUUAAUGUAUGGUUGUGUUCACUCAGUGACGUAUGUCUUGGUAUGUACUGAAUUUUAAUAUCAUCAUUUUACUGCUUGGGUUUAUUACAUAUCAAGCCUUGAAAAUUUUGUUGCAUAAUGUAUAAUUUUGUAUUCUCAGCAUUAAACUUCAGUUACUGCAAUGAUGCAUA